GAGACCGGAGCGAGUCCUGGGCGCCACACGGCCGGGCUCAGGAAAUGGAUCCCCGUACUAGGGUUACGAGGGGAGCUGUCCAGCCCCGCAGGGUGAGCUGGAAAAGAGCGUGGCCAAAGCCGGCGAGGCGGAGGGAGCCGCGGGCGCCAGGCGCGGGUGCGGCAGCGACUCCCCCUCCAGCUCGCCGGCCCCGGGCGUCGCCCCCGCCCCCCACGUGGCCGCAGCCGUCCCAGCCCCUCCGAGGAAGCGGCGCGGCUUCCUGCGGCUGGGGCCGGGGAUAUAGGCGCCCCCACUCGGGCCCGGUUCAGCUCCACCGCCCCUCCUCGCCUCCUCGCCGCGCGAUGGCUUCGCUCCGAGCGGAGCGCACCGGCGGCAGCCCGCGACUCCCCGAGACCCGCGCGGGGUGGCCGACAGCGCUCCGCCUCCUCCUCCUGCUGGGCGCUGUCCUGAAGCCCCAGGAGUCUCUGGCUCCUUUUCCCACCCAGGACAGCCUGAAGGCGGAAGGGAAGAUGGUGGAAGAUUAUAAGACCAAUGCCCUACUUUGCUGGAAUGGUUAUAAGAUAUAUAUGGACUCCAUUGAAAAGGAUUGGUGUGACUGGACCAUGAUUAGCAGGCCUUAUAGCGACCUUCGAGAUUGCUUGGAGCACGAGGCAGAGGAGUUUGGACUGGGCUUCCCCAAUCCCUGGGCAGAGAGGAUCAUCUUUGAGACCCACCUGAUCCACUUUGCCAACUGCUCCCUGGUGCAGCCCAGCUUCUCCGAUCCCCGAGAUGUGCUCUUGGCCAUGAUCAUAGCCCCCAUCUGCCUCAUCCCCUUCCUCGUCACUCUUGUGGUAUGGAGGAGUAAAGACAGUGAGACCCAGGCCUAGGGUGGCAUGAGCUUUGAAACCAUGUUACUCGUCUCCCCAGCUGCCACUGGGUCUCUCUCCUCCCCUCCCUACCCACUUCUCUCACUCUCACUCCCACUGCAAAUCCUUGGAUUGGUGGAAAUGGAGGUGAGUCAGGGUCAUGCCAUAAGUUCUGUAAUCUUCAAAAUAAAACUUCUUUUUUUUUUGUACAAUG